AUGUCGCUUCCUGCCGUUCCUGCUAGCUUUUCCGGCGAUUUCAAAGCCCAUUCCAACUACAGCGCUCCUGUCAAGCGUCCUGUUGAGCCUGUCGGCAAGUACUUCCUUGCCCAUGCCACCAGAACCCUGCGAGGCCACACCUGGUCCGAGUACGAGAAACUUGAGGCCUCCAAGAACGUCAAGUCUGUGGAAGAGUCCAACGACGACGACGAGUUCGACGAGGAGCAGAGCGAGGACCUGCUUGAGCACGACCCAAGAGACUGGAAGACUGCCGAUCUUUAUGCUGUUAUGGGUCUGUCGAAGCUCAGAUACAGAGCCACCGAGGACCAGAUUAGAAGGGCCCACCGUAAGCAGGUCUUGAAGCACCAUCCGGACAAAAAGGGAGCUGCCGGCGGACUGGACCAGGACGGAUUCUUCAAGAUUAUCCAGAAGGCCUACGAAACCCUGUUGGAUCCUAUCAAAAGAAGACAGUACGACUCUGUUGACUUCAAUGCCGACGUCGAGCCUCCAUCGCCAAAGGAGAAGUACGACUUCUUUGAGGCCUGGACGCCUGUCUUUGAGUCGGAGGCCAGAUUCUCCAACAAGCAGCCUGUUCCUUCUCUGGGAACCAUGGAGUCCAGCAAGGAGGAGGUUGAGGCCUUCUACAAGUUCUGGGCCAACUUUGACUCGUGGAGAACGUUUGAGUUCCUUGACGAGGACGUUCCGGACGACACUGCCAACAGAGACCACAAGCGUUACAUCGAGAAGAAGAACAACAACGCCAGAAAGAAGAGAAAGGUCGAGGAUAACAAGAGAUUGGCCGACCUCGUGAAGAGAGCCAACUCUGAGGACCCAAGAAUUAAAAAGUUCAAGGAGGAGGAAAAGGCCGAGAAGGCCAGAAAGAAAUGGGAGAGAGAGGCCGGUGCUAGAAAGGCUGCCGAGGAGGCCCGUCUGAAGGCCGAGGCCGAGGCUAAGGCCAAGGCGGAAGCAGAGGCCAAAGCCAAGCUCGAGAAAGAGAACGCAAAGAAGGCCAAGGAGGCCGCUAAGAGCGCCAAGAAGAAGAACAAGCGUGCCAUCAGGGCUGCUGCCAAGGACAACGGCUACUUUGGAGCCGAGGACAAGGCCACUCUCAUCGACGCAGACAUCGAGACUUUGUUGGAGGCUCUGAGCGACGUAUCUCUGGCGGAUGUCGCAGGCAAGCUGAACGGCGCCGACGCUUCUGCCGCCAAGUCUGUCCUGGACGCUGCUGCCAAGGAGACGGGCAAGUCGUACAACUUUUUCGGAUAG